AUGACUCCCCUUCACACAAGCCAGAAGAUGCCGUGGCUCCCCGCCAACUUCCAGAAGGCUGCUGGGAUGGACACGUCGAACCGGAAAGUCCUGGUGCUGGUCCUGAUGCUGCUGCUGUCUCAACUGGCCUGUGACGCUCACGGCGUGUCUGAGUGCUGCAGGCGGCCGGCUCGCUCCUGUCGCCUCUCCGUGGUUCUGUGCCGCUCUCACAGGCCGAACGUUGGUGGAGACGCCUCCGCCGGCAUCCUCGCGCUGGGCAAACGCAACGAAGACGAGCGCAGCCUGCAGAGCCGCCUCGACCGGCUGCUGCUAGGCUCCCGGAACCAAGCGGCGGGGAUCCUGACGAUGGGGAAGAGGAUCGCCGAGAGAGAGCAGUACAGUGACCGGAUGGCUCAGUCGGGGUCAACCGCCACGAUGCCACGACCUGAUUCAAGCUAA